CUCACUCUCCAGCCAAAUCUGGCCAGUUGUCUCCUGGCGAGGAAGGAGAGCGCUUCAUUUCUAAGACCUGGAUACGAGAGGAGAAGGAGGAAUGAUGGGGAAAGGCACGCUUUUGCUCCUGGCUCUUGCUCUUUAUCAUGUCAGCUGGGAAGUUGGAGCCGAGUUGAGCGUGAAAAUGGUGGGCGACACUGAAGUAUACAAGGCUGAUUUUGCAGAAAUCCGAUGCCAGUACAAUUUCUCUGAAAAUGCCAGCAUGGUGAUGGUGCAGUGGUUUGUGAAUGAUCCUCGAGGAAAAAGGAUUAGGAUAGCCUACAGUGACCUGAUCACACGAAGUAAGGAUGAGAACACAAACUACACUAAACGGAUCCGUGUGGCAGGGGACAGUGGCGAAGAAAUCCUGACCAUCGUGAACGUGGAGCUGUCCGACGAGAGGGAGUUCUUCUGCCAGGUGGAUGGCUUGGCAGCAGGCAUUGAAGAGGGCAGGUUCCACUUAAAGGUUUUUGACCCUCCGGAGCAUCCUGUGAUUGAAGCUGUCCAUACUGGAGUUUCUGUGACCAAUGACUCACCAUCGAAGAUCGCAACCUGUGAAACUAGUAAAGGCUUCCCCCAGCCCAACAUCACUUGGUAUCGCAACCACAGCUUGCUCCACAAAAAUGGCCAGGUGCACGUGAUUACUCUGGUGUCCAAGGACUCCACUGGGCUGUUCACAGUGCAGAGUGAGCUGCAGUAUAAGGUGACCAAGGAGGACAAGGACUCACACUUCUUCUGUGAGGUCAGCUACUACGUCCCCGGGGCUGUCCGAACAGUCGAGUCCAAAAGGGUCAACGUCAGUGUGCACUACCCCACGACCAAAGUCGAGAUGUGGAGGGAAUCGCCCCAGGGUCUGGUCAAAGAAGGAGACACAGUGGAGAUCCGUUGCCGUGGUGACGGCAACCCCCCGUCACCCAUCACUUUCAGUCGAGAACAACAUCCAGACGAGGAGCUGGAGGCUGAUAAUGACCUGCUGGUUCUAAAGGAGGUGACCCGUGGUGACAGCGGCAAGUAUCUCUGCCGUUCUCUAGACCUGGACUCUGUAGAUUAUGAGGACGUGGUGGGGAAUCUCCAGGUUACCGUGCACUAUCUGGACCCAGCUGUUGUGGUGCCCAAAGACUCUGAGGUUAUGCUGAAGGGGGAGAACUUGACAGCCACCUGUAAUGCCUUAUCUUCUCUGGAGACGAAGACUGUGUGGAGUAAGAAUGGUGUAGAGAUCAGAAAGGGAAACGUGCUGCAUCUGCAGGAUGCUACGUUUGACACAGCUGGACAUUACCACUGUGAGGUGACCGUUCCAUCCCUGCCAGGUCUGCAUACCAGAGGAUCAGUUCACAUCAUUGUGCAGGGCGCUCCUCAGUUGAGGGAUGUGAAAAAGGAGGUGAGCAUGAGUGAGAAGGUGGGGAAGUGGGUGAAUCUGACUUGUGAAGCAAGAGGAUUCCCCAGACCCAUCGUUACCUGGAGCAUCUCUGGCAGCCCUGACUGGCGAGAGGUUGUGAGGAAAGAGACAGAGGACUCUGUUCAAGCUGUAAUGACUCUCAAAGUGUCUAGAGACACUGUGGCCACAUGCAAUGCUACAAACAAAAUAGGGGGGGAGACCAAAAUCUACACCAUCAGUAGCAUUCCAAUCAUAGGCACGACCUUAAGGAACACUGCAGUCGAUAACAGCGGCGUCAUCAUCGUAGUCAUUGUCCUCAGCAUUCUUCUCCUGGCCCUCUUGGGCAGCAUCCUCUACUUCCUGUACAAGAAGGGCAAGUUACCGUGCGGACGCUCUGGCAAACAGGAGAUCAUUAAUCCCUUUAGCACCAAGGAGAAAACCAAUAAGGAUGACAUCGUCAUGGAGAUGAAGGCGGAUAAGACAGAGAACUCGGUACUACUAAAGGGUGUCAAUGGCGAUAAUAAACCACCUGGUGAUCAGUACAUUGACCUACGCAAAUAACAAGGACAACAGCCAGGGACGUAAGAUGCCAGCUGAAGCCUGUUCGGUGCCUCCUCACUGACCCAACAAUCAAGAGUUAGGAUGUAUGGAUAACGUCUGGUGGAGCAGCCAUCUUUUUGGAAUAAAGAGGACUUUAGACUUUGUUCUUUUCUUUUUAUGAGCAGCAGUAUUCCUGAUUGGUGUAUUGGACUAAAGUGAGCUCAUUUAAACAAUGCCAGAUUUCAUACUUUACAACGUUCUUUCCCCUUUACAAUGUUCCUAUAAAUGCCAGUCCGCUGAACAAAGCAAUGUUUCAACAUACGUUUUAAAAAGUGUAUAUAUUAUAUAUAAUAUUUAGUUACUGAAAGAGUUCUCACUCAGCCCGUUUUUGCAUUGUUGAUAGCGUUUCUAAGUUUCAGCAUGUAAAAAAAAACUUUUUUAAAACUAAGCCAACUCCAAUUAUAAGCCACUAUUUUACCUCCAUUGAGCGGUGAAAUCACAAACGGACAAAAUAAGCUCAGUCAGUUUGACUGGAUGAGGUUGGACCAACACACAUUGCUUUUCAAAGAGGUCUAGUGGUCAUUUGAAACCUCAGACUUGCAACUGAAACCUUGGACAUGUUCCAGAGUCAUUUUCUCAGUCUUUACUACAGUUACCAAAAGUUUCACAAAGCAGCCGCGACCAUUGCAAAGCUUUAUCACGUGAUGUUUUCAGUUCUCAUAAGCAGUAGCCAGUAAGAGGGCCAGGCAAAUCACGAUACACACAGAGCUAAAGAGAAAAAGAGCGUGGUCAUCACUAACCUGAAACUACUGCCCAGCUUUUGUACUGUUUGUAAAUAUUUGUAGGAGAGGAAAGUGUAGCUGUUCGUGUUCUGACUGCUGAGGGGAAUCAAGUUCCUCUUUUUUUUUUCUGCCUCACGUUUAUUUUCAGCAGCGUGUUCAUUUCACGUAAAUGUUAAUGUAAAACUUCUUAAUGCCUGUUUUGUUCUUUUUGUGUGCGCGUGUGUUCGGGGAAGGGAAGAGGGUGACGUUUCGUCUCUUUGAAGCACAGAGUGAGUUCUGGGGGAGAACUUCAGCGAGCAGUGCUAGUAUGGCUAACAGUGAGUGAAAAUGAAGAUACCAGUCAGCACUGCAGAUGCCAUCAUGCUAAUUGGGACUUUAGCCAAUGUUCUGUAAAGGCUUUCCAGCAGUUGCUGUGAUGGAUAGGUCAGUUAGUAUAGAAUGGCAUGAUGCCUUGGCUUGUUGACCUUUGGCUGGGGGGGUGAGGAGGGGGUCCAGCUCUGUAACUGCUGUGUUUGAGGUUUUUUGUGUUAAUUCUUUGGAAAAUGUGACCAAAUUCAAAUGCCGGUGUGUACAUGACCUCCAUAUGUGCUGCCAUUGCUUUUAAUAUGGUGUUUUAGCGCUGCCAUUGAGAACACUUGUACAUGUCAGAUGGUGAUGGAGUGCAUGGGCAGUCAAUCUGCACCACAACUUUUACAGUGAAGCUAGAAGUAGUAACAGUUAUGAUAGCUCAAGUUGACCCAGGAGUCUCUCACUUUCCAGUAAGAGGAAAGGGAAGGCAUGCUCUUACUGGACAGUCCCCGCUCUGGGUUUAAAGGUAUUAGGGAUGCACUGAUGUAUUGGAAUUGUGAGCCAGUGUGUGCAGGUAUCCAGUAUUGUUCAGAUACGUACUUGCUGAUGCCAUUGCCAAUACAGGAAUAUUUAAAAUUCCAAUUUAAAAUUAGAAAUUGGGGCUAAAUUCAUCUGGAUUAGCAUUCCAGAGAAAUUUAACAUUUCUUUCUAGGCAGUUAGAAAUGCAGUAAUAUAAGUAAAAUGCAGUUUUAGUGCAGUGCCGCCUAAACGUCCUGCUCUUCUGGAGGACAAUAAACACGUAAUCAAAUAUGGGUUUGAGAUGUCAGUCAAAUCUAAACAUCAGUUAUGCGUUUUAAAGGAAAUAUCUGCCAAUACUGAUGCGAUUCCGAAAUCUUUGUGCAUCCCUAAAAGGAAUAUUCCAGCACUUUUCAACCUUGUUUUUGUUUUCCACAUCUGUAGCGCAUGGUCAGUUACGAUGGACAGUAAUGUUGACAAGUUUUCCACAAUCUAUAAGAACUGUAAUAUGUAAAAAAAAAACAUGACCUGUGAUGGAAGACAGUGUACAGAUGCUUCUUUUACAGCAGUGUCUUUUAGUUCUGUACCCUGUUAAGUUGGACCGCUCCGAUGCUGAGGACAGGCCCAGAUUUUGUUUUUUUUAGUCACAUUCUGAUCAAGUAAAAGAGAAAGGGACCAGCUGUGAUGCCAGGUUGUGAAUUUUCUGUUUUUCGUUUAUUGAGCGAAAUGCCGCACACAAGUGAAUGUCAUGUUAAAACUACUGUAAGACGGUUAGACUCGCGCAUCUUCAGUACACCAAGACACGGUUGAAGAGGACAGACUGGAUCGAUGUACAUAAACAUGUUCACCUGUGCAGUUCCUUAAGGGUUUUUGUAGUAAUGUUCUAGUUUUGCUUAUGUGUGUAAAUUAAGUACAUGUGAUUUGAUGCUUGCGUUUUUUUAUAUACUGUUUUUUUUGCAAAAAAAAAGCCAAAUAAAGCUAUGUUACAUUUAAAAUGAA